CCAAAUUCCAAUGGGAAAAAGAAAUCCUUCCCCUUUAUUAAAUGAAAGUCUAGAACAGUGAGUGAGGGAUCUUUAUUCCUUGCCUAGAAUUUACUCAAAUGUACUUAGCAAGUAAACUUUAUUCAGAUAACAAUACACAAAUCCCUAUGAUAGUAAAAUAAUCUCGAUCAGAAAAUCUGUUACUACCCACACAAGCCUCUCCCAUCUACAUCCCCACAAUAAUAAUUUUCUUGUCAUCAAACAAUGUCUGCAACUUCCAUUUCAAACCUUCAAGAAAGGCUCCAGGAGCUUCAAAAGGCAAAGUAAACACCUUCACCAGCCCCCCAAAACGCCAAAAUCCAACGAGUACCACCACACCUUCUCCGAAAUCGAAAGAAUUUCAGCAAGUACUACUCUCCAAAGUUAGUGUCAUUUGGUCCCAUCCACCAUGGUGAUCUCAAUCUACACCUGGGAGAACAGUACAAAAAAAUGUGGGCAGCAGAGUACAUUGGCAGCACCAAAAUAUCCCCCCAAGAACUGCACAAAAAGGUUGUACAAAACAUGGAAUCCUUGAAGCCCCUCUUUGACGACGAUCUUUUCACCCAAAAUCAAAGGUUUUCAGAGUACGAGAAACAAGGUUAUGGAUCUCCGGAGGACAUGAUCAGUUGGAUGCUGCUCGUGGACGGGUGUGCCCUUCUUCACAUUCUGGAACAUGCGAAGCUCCACAAACCGUAUAAAAUGAACGUGAAGGUAGACCAGCUUGUGCUGGUGAUGCAGGACGCGCUUCUGCUGGAGAAUCAGCUUCCGUUCCUGUUGCUCAAACAUCUAUGGAGGGACUCCAAAGAAAACCUCAUGGAAAUUAUGAAAGGGUUCCUCCGUUGCCACCAUUGGGCCACCAAAGAAGAUCAGGUAAACUUUACAGCGGAUUUCCCACAGCCUACUCAUCUUCUUGACCUUCAACGUUCUAUCAUCCUUUAUAAACCUCCAACUCAAAACACUGACAAGAAAGGAUGCUGUGUUCCAAAGCGCCACAUCGGUAACGGAAGCGAGGCUCAAGAUGUUUCACCUGAAAACCAAGACGACAUGGUAACAUACAGGAACAUAAAGGAGUUGAAAGCAGCAGGGAUUGAAUUCAUGUCAAGUAAGACACGAAGGCCAGCAGACAUAUCAUUCUCCCUUGGUUGGUUUCAUUCAACACUGAAGCUUCCCGAGAUAGUUGUGGAUGACACAACAGCUGCUACUGUGCUAAACCUGAUAGCGUAUGAGAUGUGUCCCGAUUUUCAGAAUGACUAUGGGAUUUGCUCUUAUGUGUCCUUCUUAGACUCACUCAUAGACCACCCAGAUGAUGUGAAGGAACUCAGACAAGAACGAAUUUUGCUUAAUUCACUAGGGAGUGAUGAGGAAGUGGCUGACCUUUUUAAUACCCUUAGCACUGAUUUAGUGCCUGAUAUGGGGAAAUAUGUUCAUCUUAGAAAUCAAAUUGAGAAGCAUUAUAAGGAUAAACUUAGGACUUGGUUGGCUCUUGGGUAUAAUACUUAUUUCAGCAACCCUUGGGCCAUUAUUGCUUUCCACGCUGCAGUUGUGGGUCUUGUCCUAACCUUUGUCCAAACUUGGUAUGCUAUUCACCCUAAGACACGAAGGCCAGCAGACAUAUCAUUCUCCCUUGGUUGGUUUCAUUCAACACUGAAGCUUCCCGAGAUAGUUGUGGAUGACACAACAGCUGCUACUGUGCUAAACCUGAUAGCGUAUGAGAUGUGUCCCGAUUUUCAGAAUGACUAUGGGAUUUGCUCUUAUGUGUCCUUCUUAGACUCACUCAUAGACCACCCAGAUGAUGUGAAGGAACUCAGACAAGAACGAAUUUUGCUUAAUUCACUAGGGAGUGAUGAGGAAGUGGCUGACCUUUUUAAUACCCUUAGCACUGAUUUAGUGCCUGAUAUGGGGAAAUAUGUUCAUCUUAGAAAUCAAAUUGAGAAGCAUUAUAAGGAUAAACUUAGGACUUGGUUGGCUCUUGGGUAUAAUACUUAUUUCAGCAACCCUUGGGCCAUUAUUGCUUUCCACGCUGCAGUUGUGGGUCUUGUCCUAACCUUUGUCCAAACUUGGUAUGCUAUUCACCCAACAAAAUGAUAUCUUUGUUGUUGUUUUAUGUAUGAUUGGGAUCUCCAAACUUUUGAGGUCUUGUAUUGUGUUACGGAAUCACCAAAAUUGCUGAAAAUGUUUUGAAUUGGUUUCUUGGA